CCCAGUUUGAAAAAGGUUAUCGAAAAUAUAUGUUUGGCCUUUAGGAAAGAUUUAGCCUAGAAAGAUGGUUUCAUUCCUGCUUGGUAAUCAGUGUUAAGGCGAUAGUAGUGCAAAUUCUCUUUUUGGGAUCAUUAAUCCCACUAACCAGUUUAAAAUAGUCUCCUAUUUCAGAAAAAGUGACUGACCUCAAGAAUACUUUUCUCCAUCCAAGCAUAGGAUGAAGGUUGGAGUCUUUCAGAUACCUCCUCAUUACAUCACAGACAGUGAACGAAAUAAGCACUUGCUCAGUUGUGGUAUGUGGGGACACUUGGGUGCUUCAUCCUCAAUAUAUAAGCGCAUGACAUCCAGGGAUUCCAUGAAUUCUGAUGUCGAAGCCGAUUCAGAUCUUCUUCAGAAUGGUGUAGAGCAAGAGAUGACAAAUCCUUCUUGGAAAUAUUCGUGUCCACAUGUACUUGUGGCAACAAUAGUUGCAUUUCUGUUUGGCUAUCAUCUUGGGGUGGUGAAUGAACCACUUGAAAGCAUUUCAGUUGAUCUUGGCUUCAGCGGGGAUACAUUGGCCGAAGGUCUGGUGGUGAGUACUCUUCUGGGUGCUGCCUUUGCUGGAUCCCUGAUUAGUGGUUGGAUUGCUGAUGGAGUUGGCCGUCGUCGAGCCUUUCAGUUGUGCUCAUUGCCUAUGCUUAUGGGUGCUUCAUUAUGUGCUACAGCCAAAACUCAAGCAAGCAUGCUUACAGGAAGAUUUUUAGUGGGAUUAGGAUUGGGCGUGGGUCCUCCUGUUGCUUCUCUUUACGUAGCAGAGGUUUCUCCUGCUCAUGUGAGGGGUACUUGUGGGAGUUUAAUUCAAAUAGCAACAUGUCUUGGGCUGAUGGCAGCUCUUGUUAUAGGGAUCCCCGUCAAGAAUAUAGUGGGUUGGUGGCGUGCAUGCUUUUGGGUGUCUACUAUUCCGGCUGCAAUACUUGCAAUUGCUAUGAUGUUUUGUGCUGAAUCUCCUCAUUGGCUAUACAAGCAAGGAAGACUUGCCGACGCUGAAGUCCAGUUUGAGAGGCUUCUAGGAAGCUCACACGUUAAGAGUGCAAUGGUGGAGCUUUCAAAGUCGGAUAGAGGGGAUGAGAGUGAAAGCGUUAAGAUCUCCGAAUUGCUCUAUGGUCGGCAUUCUAGAGUUGUUUUUAUUGGGGCAACCCUAUUUGCUUUACAACAGCUAUCAGGAAUAAAUGCUGUGUUUUAUUUCUCUUCAACUGUAUUUAGACAUGCGGGAGUAUCCUCGAACCUGGCAAAUGUUUUUGUUGGGAUUGCAAACUUGACAGGGUCAGUUGUGGCCUUGCUUCUGAUGGACAAAUUAGGAAGGAAAGUCCUCCUUCAUUGGAGUUUCUUUGGAAUGGUAACAUACCUUACUGAAGACUUUGAGAAGAGAGAUUUUAUCAAUUCUCAAGCUUUAGCCAUGGCCCUUCAAGUGUUUGCUUCAAGUGGAGUUGCAUCAAAUUAUGGAGCUUUUUACUUCUCUGUUGGUGGCAUGCUGCUGUUUGUCUUGACAUUUGCUGUUGGAGCUGGUCCAGUUCCUGGUCUCCUCCUCCCAGAAAUAUUUCCCAGUCGGAUUAGGGCUAAAGCUAUGGCAUUUUGUAUGUCAGUUCACUGGGUGGUUAACUUUUUUGUUGGACUGAUGUUCUUGCGUUUGCUCGACCAACUUGGGCCACAACUAUUAUACUCCAUAUUUGGCACCUUCUGUGUGAUGGCCGUGGUAUUUGUGAAGAGGAAUGUGAUGGAAACAAAGGGGAAGUCACUUCAAGAAAUUGAGAUCGCGCUUCUUCCACAAGAAUAAACUAUCGAGUUAAUCUAGAGGGUCAAGUUCCUAGAGGAAAAGAUAUAGAGUAAUCAUCCUCCUCAUGGAUUCAAGUCUUCAUGCAACUGUUUCUGGCAGUAGUAGCUUUACCCAGGAGGCGGGAUGGUCUGCAAAUAGAGUUAAAUAGGGUAUAGUUUGCGCUUUGUUCUCUUUGCAGCUCCUAAUAUUGUGCAGCAAAAAUUAUUACAGUAAGGACUCUCGCUGAUAUGGCGUCCCUGGCGCCUAUAUGAUAUAACAAUAAUGUUGUUACAGUAAGGAUUUGGUGUACCUACGAGAAAUGAGAAUUUACUUUUGUGUGUUUUUAAUUGCUGGAAUUUCAUAUGUGAGAUUUAGUGUUUGUUAAACCAAGAAGGCUAAAGGUUGUAUAUAUAUAAUCUUCAUCUUUUACUUGGCAAAUAUAAA